GGCGGCGGCGGCGGCGGGACCUUGGCGGCAGAGGUAUAGGCGGCGGCCGCGCCGCCGGCCGGUCAGUCGCCGCUCGUUCGUCCCAGAGUACGGGCACGCUUAGCUCCGGCAUCAGCGCGCUACAGGCAGCGACAGCAACGCCCGCUCGCAGUGUAACCGCGCCUGGCCGGAGACUUGACUUGCGCACAAGCCGCUAACACUAGCCUCGCGCCGAGGCCAUCGUCGGCUGAUUUAGCGAAGUGGCUCGACCGCCGGCGUUCGACGAGCUAGUCGUGCCGCGGAGGUCGACAGAGGAAGGUGAAGAGCAGUCCGGCGAGCGCGCCAUGCUCCUACGCUGUCACCAGGAUUCGGAUCUAUCACCAUAAGAUGCUGACUGUAGUUGACAUCGGUGUGGUACGCGCCUGCGUCACAAUCGUGAUCGCAUUCCUUCUAGUCAUCAUGUUCAUCGUGGCCAGUGUGGCCAACUCACUCAUAGUGCUGCUGUUCUUCAGAAGACGCGGCAUGCGCACCCUCCCCAAUAGGUUUGUGCUGAACCUCUCGCUCAUCAACCUGGUGUCUGCGUGCGGCUUGCUGCCGCUGCUGCUGACGGACAUGCUGCUCGCCACGCCGUCUGAGCCGCUGUGCCACGCCGUGGACGCCGUGGCUACGUUCGUGGUGAGCACCUCUGUGCUGGCCAUCCUGCUGGUGGCCGGCGACCGGUACGCGGCCGUCACAGACGCGCUGCGCUACCACACCAUCGUCACCAAGCCGCGCAGCGUGGUGGCCAUGCUGGCCUGCUGGGUGGUCGGUCUGCUGGUCACCGUGCCGGCGCCGUUCGUCUCGGCCGCCGACAAGCGCUGGGAGUCGUGCGCGCGGUACCAGAGUGCCAGCGUCCUGGCGCACUGGUAUGCGCCGCUGCUCUCCAUCGGCAUGUUCCUGGUGCCGCUGGCAGCGCUCGUCUGGAUGUACGUCCACAUCUACCGGUGCGCGCACAAGAACAGCGAGCGUCAGCGCCGGCACAGCCUGGGCAUCGGUCCCAGCGAGCUGACCGCGCCCAUGAUGGCCGCGAACCGUCCGUCGCGCACCCAGUCACUGCGUGUUCAAACGCUGCGCAGCUCCAGCAGCUUCAUCGUCAGCAACCUCAAGCACAAAAUCUCCAACGCGAGCCUCUUCAUGUACCGCGAGGAGGGUCGCACCGCCAAGGUGUCAUUCAUCGUUAUUGUGAUGUUCUUCCUGUGCUGGAUGCCGUUCUUCGUGGUGGAGAUCUCUGCGGCCUUCAGCAACUUCUCGCCGUCGCUCGUGCACGCCGCUUCGCUCACAGUCAUCUCCAACAGCGCCAUCUCGCCCUUCAUCUACAGCUUCCGCAGCCGGCGCACCCAGCGCGAGUUGAAGCGGCUCUUUGGCAUGAAGGUGACGAACGCGACGCCGCGCGUGGCGCGCCCGCUGCGCCGCACCUUCACCAACCCGACCACGUUCCCGCUGAUGGGCACCAUCCACGCCAGCCCGCUGGAGGCCGGCUCAUUCCCGUUCCCGCCGGCCAAGAGGGCGUCGUCCAGUUUUUUAUUCACCCUGGCGCGCAAGUCGAGCUCGGUGCCGUCUGUGCAGGAGGCUCUGCUGCAGCCGGCCGCGGCGCGCCGCCAGCUCUUCACGUUCCCAGAGGCGGAGCGAGCCGUCGAGGUGACAGCCGCCUCGUGCGGCCUGCCGCGCGGCUCCAUCUCCAGCGAGAGCUCCGACUCCAGCCAGCAGAGCUCGUGCACGGUCCAGACGGACGCCUCCGGCCGCUAGUCACCUCUAGCUGUGCCGGCAGGCAGCCCGAUCUCAGCGGCGGCACCGGAGCUGGGGCGGCGACCGACGACCGGCGGCUCGCGAGAGCCCCGGGCCCGGCUCCGUCGCCCACUGACCCGGCGCCGACCGUGCGUCGCUAGACGCUCGCCAUGGCUGUGUUUUGUAUACUCUGCGCUGGUCCGAGCGCCGCUGUGUUACCAUGUUGUCAAUGUCGCGUGAGAGCCGCCGCCCCGGCCGACGGGGAGGAUCAGGGACACACAACUCAGCGCCAAGCAGGGUACUCUGUUCUCACUGCUCUACUCAAAGCUGCUUUUUAACAUUUUUAUUUGUUGUGUAUUGCCGUUAUAGCGGCUUUGUUGAUGUUCGUUGUGUUUUCACCUCCUUAGACACAUGUUCCUCGAGAUCGAAUAAACAACAUCGUCUGAUUUA